AUGGCUUUUAUUUUGGGGAAACGUCCAGCCCGCCUUUUAAUUAUUGAUAUUUAUUUGUUUUGUGUCAGGACAUUUUCUUGCAAGACCGACACUGAAAGUUUUUUUUUCACUUGCAUUCCGUUUUCUUUCGUCUUUCACAAUUGUAUUAAUCAUUUUCCUUUCUGUCUUUUUUUUUUUACGAUUUUUCUUCCUCAUUAUUUUCUGUCUGUCUUUCCAUCUCCCGCGUUUUUCCUUUUUUUUUCUAAGAUACAUCUCACGCUAUCAUUCUUCUUUUGUUUCUUUUUUCACGCUUUCUUUCAUUAUUUUCCGAUUUCUUUCUUUUUCUAUCGCCUACUUUAUUUAUUUCUUUAUUUAGAAUUCUUUAUGUAUUUUUCAUGCGUUUUUUUAUCUCCUCCCGCGACCUUAUUUCUUUUCUCAAGUUUUCCUUUUUUAAACACAAGAUUUCUUUCCAUCUUUUUCUUUUUACUUCUCUUUUUCGUUCUUUUAUUUCCUUCCUUCCUGCCUUCCUUUCCUUCUUUCUUUUUUCUUUUUUUUCUUUCCCACAUAUUUCAUACCAACGCUCUGUUUCUCAUCUUCUAUACAUUGCUUUUUUUCAUCAUUCUUUUUUUUUUAUUAUUUUAA